CCGGACUGGCACCUGGGGCAGGUGGGAGGCAUGAGGGGGACAGCCCCGAGCGCUGGGGACAGCCCUGGGUGCGGGGUACGGCCGUGGACUGCGAAGGCAGCCCGGUGUGCCGGGUGGCUCCAGCCCGCUCUCGGCGGGCACGGCCCGCUGUCCCCGUGCCCCCUCCGGGCGGGCACGGCCCGGUGUCCCCGUGUCCCCUCCGGGCGGGCACGGCCCGGUGUCCCCGUGCCCCCUCCGGGCGGGCAUGGCCCGGUGUCCCGGUGUCCCCUCCGGGCGGGGGUUCCAUGCCGGCGGGGCGCGGGCAGCCGGGGGCCUCGGGCGGGCAGGAGCGGCCCCGCCCGGCGCAGCGCGGGACGUUACGGCGGCAAGAUGGCGCCUAAAGGGAAAGGCGGCGGCAAAGCCGGGAAGGGUGGUGACAGCGGCGGCGGCAGCGAGGGCAAAGCACAGGGCCCGAAGGGAGGCGGCAGCGCCGUUAAGGUUCGGCACAUCCUGUGCGAGAAGCACGGCCGCGCCAUGGAGGCCAUGGAGAAGCUGAAGGCCGGGCAGCGCUUUAGCGAGGUGGCGGCGCAGUACAGCGAGGACAAGGCCAGGCAGGGGGGAGACCUGGGCUGGAUGACCAGAGGCUCCAUGGUGGGACCAUUCCAGGAGGCAGCGUUUGCCCUGCCUGUGAGCAGCAUGGACAAGCCCGUGUACACGGACCCUCCCGUCAAAACCAAGUUCGGGUACCACAUCAUCAUGGUGGAAGGCAGAAAAUAAAAUGUGAAUGACCAUGA